AUGACAUGCUUCUCUUUCCCUGUUUUCUCCACCACCUUUGAAUAUCGGAUCUUACUCGCUCAUUCGACCAUGGAACACCGUCCGCCCAUGGAACGUGACCCAAGUGAGCGGCCUCCUCCUCCUCCCGAUCACUGUCUUAACGAAAUUUCAGAAAUUUCAUCCAUGGAAGGCACACUCCGCGACUACCCAAUCGUCUUCGUCGACGCGGGAUUCCCCGACUGCCUCCGCCCGACAUCGCGACACGCCGCCGAGGAAGUUUGA